AUUUGUAUACCAUUCAAUCGUUCCUAGGAUUCAGAAGUGGAGUGCUCAGAAAAGACUCAGUUUUACUUAGAUAACCCAAAGAAUAGAGAAUCAAGAAUCAUGUAACUAAAACCCAGUUACGUCACACAAUCACACACAUUUACAGGACCAAGAGCAGCAACUUGAAGCAACUGGAUAAGAUAUCCGUUACAAUGCGCAAUGAGAUAGGCGCGUCCUUCUGGAGUGAAUAAUAAUCUUAGUAGCCCGGUUUACUACUUCUUUUUUUAAUUAAAGAAAAUAUACACUUUUAAACAUUUGUACCCCAACAAAACCUCAACCGCUGUCUCGCGGUAUGAAAUGGAAAAAAGACGGUUAGCAGGUAUCGCGAUGCCGCCGUUUCACUGGUGAGCAUCAUGAAGUCUGAGAAAGAUGGGAUUCUGCGAGGUAGAGAGAAGCGGGCUGUCGAAAUCCAGUUUAAGAACCAACAGAGGGAGCAGGACCACGGGAAUAGGUUAAAAGAAGAAAAACGAGAAAUGCUUACCAAGGUUGUUAUUCGUCGACUUCCUCCUAGUCUAACAAGAGAACAACUUGAGGAACAGCUCCAUCCUCUGCCUGCUCAUGACUAUUUUGAAUUUUUCUCUGCUGAUGCCAGCCUCUAUCCACACUUGUUCUCCAGAGCAUAUAUUAAUUUUAAAAAUCCUGAUGACAUAAUUCUUAUUCGAGACCGGUUUGAUGGAUACGUCUUUAUUGACAAUAAAGGGCAGGAAUUCCCUGCUGUUGUAGAGUUUGCACCAUUCCAAAAGAUUUCUAAAAAGAAACUGAAGAAAAAGGAUGCCAAAAUUGGCAGCAUUGAGGAAGAUCUUGAAUACAAAAAAUUUAUGGAAAGCUAUUGUGCUGAUGAGGAAAAGAUCAGUGCUAACCCCGAAAACCUUUUAGGAGAGAUGGAUGCCAAAACUAGAGAACUCAUUGCCAGAAAAACUACCCCACUUCUGGAAUACAUUAAAAACCGAAAACUGGAAAAGCAGCGAAUGCGUGAAGAGAAAAGGGAAGAACGCAGAAGAAGAGAAUUAGAGAAGAAACGUCAAAGAGAUGAAGAAAAAAGAAAACGCAGAGAAGAAGAAAGACGUAAAAGAAAAGAAACAGAGAAGCAAAAGAAAAUAUCUGAAAAAGAAAUAAAGAUCAAGCUUCUCAGAAAGCCUGAAAAGGAAGAUGGGCAAAACUCAGAGAUACAGAAAGAACAGGGAGAGGAAGCUGAGAAUGAAGAUGAAAAGUGGGAUACAAAUACAGGUUCACUCAGCACAAAAUCAAAAUGUGAAAAUACAGUCAAGGAAAGUAAAGAGAAGUCUGAAAAUGAAAGUGAUAAAGAGCAAAGAGAGCAGGAGCGAAAAUUCCGGGACAAAGAAUAUGAAAGAAUAAGAUUCCGUGUGGAUGAAAACAGAAAACCAAGAGCCCACUAUGAGUUUGACAAGUCUAUCAGGCGAAAAGAUGAUGAUGUUAAAUGGGGGAGAGCAUUUAGCCAGGACAGAGGAAAGAAGGGAAGCCACAACUGCGUUUUCUCUUCUGAGAGCAUAGAUAAACCGGGUAAAGAGAUCAAGAAUGAUGACAUGGCAUCUAAAAAGGAGCACAUAAGAAAUAAGGAUCGCCCAGCCAUGCAGCUCUACCAGCCUGGAGUACGUAACCGAACAUGCGUGGGAUCUGUAAAUAAAAUGUUUGAAUGUGGCAGCAGAUCUCCUAAGGAAAACUGCGACAUGAAAUAUGAAGCAAAUACAUCAACAAUACCAAAUUCAGAGAAAGCCGAAGAAUGAGAGCAGAAACAGUGUUUGGACUUCUAAAGGACAUUGUUUUAUAGAGCUGUGAUUGGAUAUUGUAUAAUUAUUACUGGAAUACCACAGAAGUACUCUAAAGUUCAUACCAGGCAUUUAAGACAGAGAUAUACCAUUUAUGCCCAUCAGUAAGUGGUUGAGCCAUUUACCUAGGAAGAAAAAGCAAGUUCAGAGAUACAGCUGUGCAGUCGUUCCUAGUAUUUCUGUUUCUGUAAAUGAGCUGUUUUCAGCAUUGAACUAUUUAAAUUAAAAACAAAUGAUUUGUUACUGUUUGCAGA